AUGAUCACUAGUCUACCGGGGAAUAUACCAGCUCUAUGGCCCAGCGAUCUGAUAUCGUUCUACCGUGAGCAGUUCUCAUCUACGAAGCGUUGCUAUAUGAAUCAUGAAUGUGUAACACGGGGGACUAUGUGCUUGUCAACACCUUUGAAGAAUUGGAAGGGAAGAGAGGCGGCAGCGGCGCUUUCCAUCAAGGGAUGUCCAUCUAUGUCAAUAGGCCCUGUGUUUCUCCCUAACUUUUUAGGAGGGGAGAACUCGACGCUGAGCAACAUGUCUAUGUGGGAGGAAGACGAUAGUUGCUUGCACUGGUUGGAUGAGCUGGCGCUGGGUCUGGAACAGAGCGGGCAUGCCUUUCUGUGGGUUCUUCGCUCCGAUAUUGCUCAGAGGCAAGCUGUUGUUUUGCCCGAGGGAUUGGAAGAGAGAACCAAAGAUCGCGCCUUGUUUGUGAAAUGGACACCGCAAUUGAAGGUGCUUGGACAUCCUUCGAUUCGCCAAAGAUGUAUGGAUUUUAAGGACGUGGACAUUGACGAUGGGAGGUUGAUGAGAAGAGAAGAGAUAAAGAGUGCAGUUGUGAGUGUGAUGGAGAGCGAGGAGUUGCAGAAGAAAGCCGCGGAACUGAAAGAGGCAGCAACGAAAGCAGUGAUGGCGGGAGGUUCUUCUUUUAACAACAUAACCAGCUUCAUCAACGAUAUGUUCAAACAUGCUAAAUCACAGUCACAGCGGUCUUACUAA